UGUCCGGCUACGGAGCUUUGGUGGAUCUCAAGAGUUUGAUAUCUCCCCUGGAACCUUGGAUGGUGUAGAUCACCUGUGGGUUUCUUUUCCUGAAGGCAACUUGUUCUAUGGGGAAAUAGGACAAGCCGGGUCCUGCAUGCCAGCUUUUUCUCUGGCCUUUUGAACCCGCCUGCAUCCAGUGCUACCAGCAUCCUGGCUUGUAAAAUCUCCCCAGUCUAACCAGUCUGAGGGACAAGUCUUCCUAGACUAUUCUCGAGACUCCAUGGCUUCAUGGCUUCCUCCAGGAACUCAGAGGAAGAGCCCCUUCGCAGUCCUUUCCCUCUGACUCCCCCACCGGCUCUGGGGGAUGAGUACUAUCCUUUUGGGGGUGAGGGCCAGCCACCCUUUGUGGGGAAUGCUGCUGCCGCUGGAGCUACGGGAGAAGGGGAUCCCGAAGACUUGGAUCUGGGGGUGCUGCUUCAGAGGAAAGAACAGGACUUGCUGUUGGCAGCGGAAUUGGGAAAGAUGCUCCUGGAACGUAACGAGGAACUGGAACGACGCUAUGAUGAACUGAUGAAGGAAUAUUUGGAAGUCAAAGAGCAUCUUGAACAAGAGAAACAUGAACUCCGGAGGCACCUCGAAUCAGGCCGGGCGGAAUUUGAAACCCGGACGGCAGAGCUGGAGGCUGACUUGGUGGCCACCCGAGCCCAGCUAGGGCAGAAGCGUCUAGAACAGCAGGACACCAGCCGAGAGAGCUCACAGGCAGUUUUGGACCUUUCAGAACAGAACCAACGUCUGGUGGAGCAACUAAGUCAGGUCACUCACUUGGAGCAGCAACUCCAGGAAGAUUUGAUUGUAUUACGUGCAGAACAUCGGACUUUGACCCUCUGCAAUGCUGAGUACGGUGCCAGGAUGCAAAGUCUGCAAGCUGAGAAUCGCCUGCUUCAAGAGCGGAAGCAAGAUAUGGAGAAACAGAACCGUCAGCUCCGCGAGGAGAACGAAGCCAUCCAGGCACUGGUGGACACGUUACACGAAAACCUCCUCUUUCUCCGGAGAGAGAGCCGUGAAAAGCAGCUGAAGUUUAAACAGGUAGAAGUGGAAGCUGAGGAACUCCGGACUGCCAAUAGGCGCCUCCAGCAUCAGGUCAAGGAUCUGAAAGAAGAGAUCCGUCUGCAUGAGUUAGAUACCUCUGUUACCUCCAUCCAGUCCGAGAUUGAAAGCAGCUUAGGCGAUGCCCCAGGAGCUCCUGGACAGACACCAAAGUCAAUCACCCAUGGCGUCAACAAGACUGAUUCCACUCCAAAGAAGGCCUCUCCGAGUCCGGAGGAGAACAUCUCUGAAUACACCAAAAAGGUUUCAGCCUUGAACUAUCAGCAGCAAGAUAUCCUGGCCCAGAAAGAAAUGGAGAUUAGAAAACUCCAGGAUCAGGUGACUUUGCAACACGUGGAGCUCAGUGGUUUGAAGUCCGAGAUAGAGAACCAGCGGCGGUUGUACCAAGAAAGCAAUCGGGACAAGGCCUUGAAGUUAGCCGUAGCAGACCGGGAUGAGGCGAUAAUCAAGAAAGGCGAAAUAGAACUGGAAUUGGCAAAAAUCUCCCUGGAGAGAGAUUCACUGAGCCAACAGUUGCUACGUGUCAUUCGACAGAAGAUGGCACUUUCUCAGGAAUUGGAAGCUUGGCAAGAUGAUAUUCAGUAUAUUAUUCACCAGCAACUUCUCCAGAAACAGCGGGAAGAACGCCACUGCCUCACCCCACCACCAAAGCCACCGACACAAGGCAAGGGUCCUGAAUUAUUUCGCGCUGGUGCCAGCAUGCCCAGUGGCACGGGCUUCUUCUCAUUCUUCAGGAAAAGCUGAAUUGUUGAAGGUUUCCAACAUCAGUUCGCCAACCUCUGCUCCAAGUUCUAAGAUCACCCUCUUCUGGUGAGUUGGAGACAUGACUCAUCUAAGUGAUUCCAGAGUGGCAGCUCGAGACAUCUACAGAUCCCAGCGCCUGGCUUUUGAUGGAAUGGAACCAGAAACAUGGCUUCUGAUCCUUCACUUUUUCAUAGAAUCAAGAUUGGUAGGAAGGGGCACAUUAAUCUCACAUCCCUCCCUUGCAAGAAGAAAUAGAUUACAGAUAGUCUUUGACUUUCAACCAUUCAUGUAGUGACAUUUCAAAGUUGCAAUGGCACUGAAAAAAGUGGCUUAUGACCAUUGUUCACAUUAUGACCAUUGUAGCUUCCGCUUGGUCGCGAGAUCGUAUUUAUGAAGGAUGCUGUGUCCUAGAGUCAUGUGAUCACCUUUUGCGACCUUCUGAUAAGCAAAGUCAAUGGGAAGGCCA